AUUCUUCGAAAUAUCUGUGCGUCGAUAGGCCAUAAAAUGGGACCUACCAACACUAUCAUAGAAGGACUUCGAUGCUCGAAUAAUUAAGAUUGAUCUUCCUUACAGGUAAGUCAACCAAUCUUAUAAUUAUAUUUCAGGUCUCGACUCGUAAAUAUAAUAUGUAGUAUCCCAGCGGAAGCGCAGGCCACACACUUUAAAGCACAAAAAAUCGAUAAAAACCUCGGUACCUAUCCGUUGCCCGGUCGUCCCAAUCAUUCCUUUGCAGUGUGUCGGCCACGCCGUGUGUUAUAUUUUUACGUUCUUUGUCUCCCCGCAUCGUCGUGAAUUUUCGAUUUUUUAUUUAUUUUUUUUGAGUGGCGUAGUGAAAAUAUGCCUAAAAGAAAGCGUAGCAGUAGUUGUGAAGUGGAUAUAAAGUUGGAUAAGCUUAAGAGAAAGAUUUUAAAGUUAGAAAAAAGCCGUCGUCAUCGUUCAAGGCGUUCCCCAUCGCCUGUUUCUAAUAGCGAUAGUUCGGUGCGGCGUUCUCUGUCUCCGCGUCCAUCGACAUCGACGGCAAAAACUUUUGGCUCAGGGGCCGUAUUUUUGAAACCAUUCGACGUUGAUUCGCAUACGAAAUAAGAGGAUUUCGCACGAAAAAUCGAUAUUCGUAUUUUCGACCGCUUCGUAUGCGAACUUUUUCGCAUGCGGUGUCUCGAAUGGGUAUAUACCAUUCGAACUUCAAUGUUCGUGUGCGAUUCUGCCACUUGUCUUGUUUUGAUUUUAAACUAGCUUUGUAUUUUUUUUAAAUUUGUGAGUUGGUUAAGUAUUUUCGUAGUGUUUCUUUGUUAUUUAUUGAAAAAAAAAAUAAUCAAAUGGCAAGAUUAAACAAUCUUGUGCAAAGAAACGUCGUUGAAAGGAAUAGGAUGUACUCUUCAUUUCUUGGCCCAGUAUUGAAAUGUAUUAAGAUGCUCAAUUUAAUAAAUUAUAUAGAUUAAGCAAGACCAUUACGAUAGAAUUGAUGUGCUCUUUAUGUGCUCCAGAGACUGUAACUUCCGCUACUUUUCAUCCACAAGGCUUGUGCAGUUUUAGCCGAAAAAUUUUGGGUGAAUUUGCCCAACUUUAAUUCUGGGUGCUCUUCCAUAAAUGAAAUUAGUUCUUUCUUUUGCUCACUCGACACAAAACCGCAAUAUUUUUUAUUAUUUGAAUUCAUUUAAAAAAAAAGUCAAUUUGCAAAAACCCAAGAAACACAUGAAAAAACCUCAAAAUUCCCUGAUGUUUUUAGAGUUAAAUUUUAGGUUAGGUUAAAAAUCCAUCCCGGUUGACACGGCCUCCAAUAGCACUCGACUUUGCUACGUUGCCACUACUUUUCAUGUUCGCAUGCGAAUGAAAUUUCGAAUGCUGUUCAAAAAUGCACUUUUUAAUUCGUGUGCGAAUUUUGCCGCUCGACUUUAUUCGCAUUCGAAGAUUCUCGCAUGGUUUCAAAAAUACGGCCCCAGGUAGUCCUUCUUUUUCGAGGGGUCGAAGGAACCGUUAUGAUAAUCGCCGCCGCAUACGGGUUCUUUCAUCGUCAUCGGAUGAGGAAUUGUUCGGUGAAGAGGAGGAGCAGAGGGGAGAGGAGAGUGACCGAGAAAAUAUUGAGCCGCCCCUUGACGUAAAUUUAUUGGAGUUAUUAGGUCCUAAUAUUGCUAAUAAUGAUGUUGAGGGCUCUAGUAUUCAAAAGGAUUUGGCGAACAGAUGGGAGGCCAUUUUAUGUAAGGUUUUGAAUGCUGAAGAUAGAAAUAGCAUUAUCAGUGAAUACCCCAUACCGAAAAAUUGUCAAUCCCUUAUUUCUUCAAAGAUCAAUAGAAUAGUGUCUGCGGCUAUUAAUGAAUUUAGUACUCGUAGGGACAUUAAAUUGGCGUUAGUUCAAACUCAGAUGGGUGCAGCAGCAUCAGCAGUAGGACUGGCCCUUUCUUUACUUUUGAAGGAUGGAAGGGAAGAAAACAAGCCCAUAAUAAAACAGCUAAGUGACGCUAGUCGACUGAUGGCCGACUUAUUUUACAACCAGUCUCAAUAUAGACGUGAGCUUCUUCUUUCUAAUCUAAAUAAAAAUUUAAGAAAGACAUUGGAAAAGUCUGAAAUCUCCUCUUGGUUGUUUGGAGACAACUUGGAGGAAGAAAUUAAAACUUCAAAAACUCUCCAAAGAUCUAGUGAAGAGCUAAAACCAACUAGCUCGACUUCUAGAAAGAUUUUGAGGCCUUUAAACUUGAGAGGUCUGCCCCGUGCCAACAGCGGAUUUACUCGAGGCAGACAGGCAUUCUACAAUCCACAACCCAACCCGCGCCAUCAACAGAGACCAACCUACAAUCAACCGGACCGUCGACGCAACAGGAAUUUUUUCCUUCAUCGUCAGCAGGAGAAAAAUCGUCGGUCGUCAAAUAUCUCCAAACAGACGCCGUUAAGGAAUUAACAAAAGAUUUUUUAUGGUGGCUGUUCCGUACGCAUACUAUAGAAACGGUGUUCGAUAAAUGAAACCUUAGCCACCGCACCAUACUGCACAUGAAAGAGAGAGAGAGGGGAAGCGAGCGUCAACUGCGAGAGGAGAUUGUGCGGGUGUAAGCGGACUUAUUAUUACAUCAUGAAGAACAAGAACGUGAACGAGCAUAUAAUAUUAUAAUUAUGUAUCGAGUUCUAAACCUUUUCUUUAACUUGUAAAAGUAAUUAGUUAAAUAAAAAAAAAUAUGUAUAAAAA